GGCACGGAACACCGCCCCCCGAGUCAAGGGUCAACCCACCCACCCACCCACCGAUCUCCGUCCGUCCACCAUGGGAGCCGGCCAGGACCUGGAGGCCGGCUACGGCGACGGCGGCGAGAAGAAGAUGGCCCACUCCUCCUCCUCCUCGGGCCCGCUCCCGCCGUCGGAGCCGCCGCACCUGCGGGGCCAGGACCCCGCCCAGUACCAGUACGGCACCUUCCACCCCCCUGCCCCCCACCCCGAUGUCCGCCCCCACCCGCCCGUCGGCUUCCCCCAGCCCGCCCCGCCCCCCGGCUUCUCCGCCGGAGGCUACCAGCAGCAGAAGCAGCCCUACGCGCCCGCCGAUCCGUACUACGCGCAGGGGUACCAAGCCGCCCCAGGUUAUGGUCCUGUUGUUCAAGGUAGGCCUGUUGAAGGAAGACCCGUGAGAAUGCGGCGCCUUCCAUGCUGUGGGCUCGGCAUGGGCUGGCUUCUGUUCAUUGCCGGCUUCUUCUUGGCUGCCAUUCCGUGGUAUAUUGGUGCUUUCAUCCUAAUCUGUGUCCGGGUACAUGACCACAGAGAGAAACCAGGAUAUGUUGCCUGCACUAUUGCUGCUAUAAUUGCGGCCAUUGUUAUACCCCUUGGAGUAACAAAAGGAACAGACUCAUGGUGAGCCACCACCAGCUCUUGGCAGGCGGUUCUGUUGCUGAAUAUAAGCAUCGUUAUUUCCGGACUAAUUACAUGAUAGGUUAUUACAAAGUCUGCUGGUUGUAUUUCAUGUAUGAGUGUGUCUUGUAUACAUAUAUGUACAGUAAAAAGAGUGGGGCUGCAUCUUCGAUGUUCUCUUGUAUCGAUACUUGAUACUUAUAGUGUGUAAUAAAAGCUCGAGGUUACCUCUCGUUCAAAUUCA